AUGCCCACCAUGAGGGAGCAAACUGUGGACGAACCCUGCAGAAUAAAACUAGAGGAACAAGGAGAGUUGAUUGAAAAAAACGAGGAGAGUGAAGAACUGAGUGAAGUUGAUGAGAAAAAGCAUGCUAAAACUGGAGAAAAACCUUCGAGUUGCUCUCAAACCAAACAGAAAGAUUUAAAAAAAAUAAUAGCCAAGAAAUCUUUCACCUGCACUCAGUGUGGAAAGAGUUUGACAUGCAAAUAUAAUCUUAAGGAUCACAUGAACAUCCACACUGGAGAGAAACCAUACAAGUGUUCACACUGUGACAAAAGAUUCAGUCAGUCAGGAAUCCUGAAAACACAUGAGAGGAUCCACACUGGAGAGAAACCAUACAAGUGUUCACACUGUGACAAAAGAUUCAGUCAGUCAGGAAUCCUGAAAACACAUGAGAGGAUCCACACUGGAGAGAAACCAUACACAUGUGAUCAGUGCGGGAAGAGUUUCACACAAAAAGAACACCUUAAGGGGCAUAUGAGGGUUCAUACUGGAGAAAAGCCAUUCUCUUGUGAUCAAUGUGGGAAGAGCUUUGCACACUCAGCAAACCUUAAGGAUCACCUGAGAGUUCAUUCAAAGGAGAAAUCACAUUCAUGUUAUUUGUGUGGAAAGAGUUUUUUACGUCUACAUUAUUUAAAAGUACAUCAGAAAACACACAUUGCUGUGAGAGAGUACAUGUGCUUUGAGUGUAAAAAGACUUUUACUUCAGCUGAACAUUUGAAACGACACCAGAGGAUUCACACUGGAGAGAAACCUUACAAGUGUCCACACUGUGACAAAAGAUUCGGUCGGUCAGGACACUUGAAAACACACGAGAGGAUCCACAUUGGAGAGAAACCUUACAAGUGUUCACACUGUCACAAGAAAUUCAGUCGGUCAGGAACUCUGAAAACACAUGAGAGGAUC